CGAGAACACCGAUAACGAUCCUGUACUAAGAAGGAGCAAGAUAAUUAAUAGCUUUUACUACGUGGAAUUAUCUUUCAAUUGUGCCACAUACCAUGAACAACUUUCCGUACAAACUGGCUAUCGUUAACCAGUUAACAGAAUCUCAGUUAGACGAGUCGGUCGGGAUGUGUGUCAGAGGUUAUGUCGAUUGUAAGACAGCCUUCAAACUAUCGACAGCGUAGUCGUGAUGCUCUUCCAAUUCAGCUCCAUCUCUUGACGCCAUGACUGGUGGAAAUAAGAGUCUCGAGGGGCCAUUGUUCCGCGCGAUGAUCAGGGCCUGCCUGCUAGCCGGAAGAGUAUACACCGCAAUAGUUAUUAGUACAGGCGCCAUUGCUGGAUUAGCUCUCUGGUUUCCUCCAGGGAAAGCUCUUUGGCAAAACGAUGCGCAGAGGAAUCUUGGCUUCAACCAGUUCUUGGAGUCUCUGUCACCCAAGACUAAAGAAUGGUGGAUUAACACUUAUGGUUCUGCAUUGGCCCCGUUUAUCAAGACGGCUCUGUCUCCUCAUACUGUUGAGAGUUCCUGGUAUCUGAAUUGUAUCUGUGUUGAUCCGAAGUAUCAACGCCAAGGAAUCGCCACAAACCUGAUCAAAAUGGUGGAACAGAAGGUGCGGUGUUCCCACUCUGUUUGCUAUAUAUGCAUGAUUUCAUCCUAUCUGCAGGCAAUGACGACCUCCAUCCUCGCGCUCUGCACGGAUACCGAUGUCAAUGUUGCGGUAUACAAGGCGCUCCAUUUUCAAUACAAGGGAGAAGCACCUCUACCAACUCCAGACAAUGAAUAUAUCGAUGUACAUUGUUUCACUAAGCCUGGCGCAAGGGUGUAGGAGUGGCGUUGAAUGUAUUGGCAGACGGUCUUAUAUCUACCGGCGAAUGUUCUUGAGUGUACUUU